UGGAGCGUCCGACAAGCUGCAGAAAUUAGCAGAAAGGCCUCGGACCCCCAGCUAAAAGAGGAGAAAUGGAAGGUUCUUGCUGUGUCUCUGUUUUCCUGGUUUGGGGCCUCUUUAUCCAAACAAGUGCCUAUGGACAAAGCCCAGGUACAGGGCCAUUUGGAGGGAGACCCCAAGAUGCUAAGACAACGGAGAAUAGCCUGCAGACAACGAAGACCAAGUUCCUGCUGUUUGAGGGGCAUGAGGGGCAGGGCUGCCAGAUCCGACUAAACCAGCCGGACUCCUUACAGCAGUGCGGCUUCAACACCUCCCGGCCUCUGGUCAUGAUCAUCCAUGGGUGGACGGUGGACGGCGCCCUGGAGAGCUGGGUGUGGCAGUUGGCUGCGGUGCUGCGGGCACGGGCACCAGUGAACGUGGCCCUGGCCGACUGGCUGAGCCUGGCCCAUAGCCACUACGCAAAGGCCGUGCACAAUACCCGCCGGGCCGGCCACGAGGUGGCUGCACUGCUGCGAUGGCUGGAGGAGGCCGCUCGAUUCUCCCGGAGCAACGUCCACCUGAUCGGGUACAGCCUGGGAGCACACGUGUCAGGAUUCGCCGGCAGCUCCAUCGGCGGGGAGGACAAGAUCGGGAGGAUCACAGGGCUGGACCCCGCAGGCCCCAUGUUUGAGUACACAUCCCCCAGUGAGCGGCUGUCCCCUGACGACGCCAGCUUUGUGGACGCCAUUCACACCUUCACACGGGAGCACAUGGGCCUGAGCGUGGGCAUCAAGCAGCCAGUGGCCCAUUACGAUUUCUAUCCCAAUGGGGGCUCCUUCCAACCCGGCUGCCACUUCCUGGAUCUCUACAAGCAAAUCGCCAACCACGGCUUGAAUGCCAUCACCCAGACCAUCAAAUGCGCCCACGAGCGGUCAGUGCACCUCUUCAUCGACUCCCUGCUGCACCCUGACAACCAGAGCACGGCCUACCUGUGCAGCGAUAUGGACAGCUUCAGCCAGGGCCUGUGCCUCAGCUGCAAGAAAGGCCACUGCAACACGCUGGGCUACCAUGUGCGCCAGGAGGGCCAGAGCAAGAGGAGCAAGAAGCUCUUCCUGGUGACCCGGGCCCAGGCCCCCUUCAAAGUUUUUCACUACCAGUUCAAGAUGCACUUCAUCAACCAGAUUGAGACGCCAGUAGAACCAACCUUCACCAUGUCACUCUUCGGGGACAAAGACGCAGUGCACAAGAUCCCCAUCACUCUGGGCACGGGUAUUACCAGGAACAAGACCUACUCCCUGCUCAUCACCCUGGACGUGGAUCUGGGCGAGCUACUCCUGAUCAAGUUCAAGUGGGAAAACAGCGCCGUCUGGGCCAACGUGUGGAACACGGUGCAGACCAUCUUCCCGUGGGGCAGCGGGUCCUCCUCCUCAGGUCUGAUUCUCAAGAGCAUCAAAGUCAAAUCAGGAGAAACCCAACAAAGGAUGGCCUUUUGCUCAGAAAACAUGGAUGACCUCCAACUCCACCCAACCCAGGAGAAAACCUUCGUGAGGUGUGAGACCACGUCCAAAAAAACAAAGGAAAACAACAGAUGAGCUCUACAGAACAAUGGGG